AUGCAUUGCAAUUUAAUCGUAGGGUUUGCAAUCUCUCUUUGUCGACUACUCAGCGCCAGCGGAACAAAGAGCAACAGCCGUCGUCGAUCGGAGUAGCUGAUCUGAGUGAAACAUGUCGGACACCAAGGCAGUGACCAUUAGAACAAGGAAGUUCAUGACAAACAGGCUUCUAUCCAGGAAGCAAUUUGUCAUUGAUGUUCUACAUCCAGGCAGGCCCAAUGUCUCCAAGGCUGAAUUGAAGGAGAAAUUGGCUAGGAUGUAUGAAGUGAAAGAUCCAAAUUCCAUUUUUGUAUUCAAGUUCAGAACUCAUUUUGGUGGUGGUAAAUCAACUGGUUUUGGUUUAAUUUAUGAUUCUGUUGAGAAUGCCAAGAAGUAUGAGCCAAAAUAUAGGCUUGUCAGGAAUGGACUUGAUACCAAGGUUGAGAAAUCAAGGAAACAGUUGAAGGAAAGGAAGAACAGAGCAAAGAAGAUUCGAGGUGUAAAAAAGACCAAGGCUGGGGAUGCUGCCAAGAAGAAGAAAUAAGCUUCAAACUGAUGAUAUUUACUUUUCUUGUGUCAUCUAUUUGGUUCUCAUGUUGCAACCUUUUUUUUUUCUCUGUUAUUUUCAAGUAUUGAUUUUUGGCACUUCAUUUUGAGAUGUGUCAGGCUUUUCUAUUAGAUUCUUUAAUUUAGAAAAUUGAGAAUUGUAGUUUGCUCAAAGUUUUGAUGGCUAGUUUCUUUAUAUUUCUCAA